AUGUCUUCCAAAGCUGUGAAUGUGCCCACCGAUACCAAACAGAAGGAGAAGGUUACUGAGAACAAAAACAAACAGGAUAUCAACCAGAAGCUCCAGCUGUUUGGGAUCUAUCAUGCAUUCAAGAAUAGUAAACUCCCUUCGGCGACGACCUUUCUCCAUAUACUAACCGAGCCUCUUACCGUCUCGCAGAACAAACAGUGUGAUGUCGCCUUGAACAGUGCUCUGAACUCCAAGGCGCUCUCCUCGCCCCCGGAUGGGCUCUCCAGCGAAGGCAAGGUCCUGGUGAAGGACGUGCGCAAUGUCAUUGAACAGGCGAAAUUGAUGCUCCUGUCCAAGAACGAGGGUGAGCUGUUGCAAGAGUUCAUCUGGCAGGCCCAGCAGAUCACUGCCGGUGGUGCCAAGGCGCCUGAUAUGCCGGUCACCAAGGAAGCUGGCAAGCAGGAUGCCAACAAAGCUGUGGAUGGCCUCAAGACCCUGGGCACUCUGCUGAUCACCAAUGGGGAAUUCCGCAAGAUCUUGAGUGAUGCGAUGAUCCUUCUCCGUGACAUCGCCGCCGAUGCUUCUCAGAAGGUCGCAAACCAAGUUCGUCCGUCCGAGGAGCAGCUCGCUCAUAUUGAUGAGCCUGCCGAAGAAAACACCUGGCACGAGAAGCCCAACAUCUCCAAAGAGGAUAUGAAGAAGCGUUUCAAGAAGAAGGGCGACAAGGACAGCGUCGCCUCCCCUUCGAUCGCUGAGACUGCGGAGACCGCCGAGACUGGUGACAAUGCCUCCGUAACCCCCUCAGAGAUGAGCCGCCGCAAGAAGUAUGCCAAACAGACUCGGGAGUAUCUAUCUGAGAAGAUCCCCAAGGAGCGCCGCGAGCAGGCCAUUUGGCGCCUUAAGAAGAUGGUCAUUGAGAUCCAGGGCCACGCCGAUUACCAGCAAGCCGUCGAGACCUUGCUGUCCAUGGCGGAGAAGUAUGCCGGUCACACCAAGACUGCUUCCGCACAGAGUGGCACUGCUGUUAGCGAUAUUCGUUCCACUGAUGCUGUGAAGGCUGUUGAGCACAACCUGCGUACCCUUAUCGAGCGCUUUGCCAACAACACCUCCCUGUCCGAUUUCUUCGAGUCGCUGAACAACAUUUACCGUGAUGCAGACAGCGACCCCGAGCUGCGUGGCUGGUUCAAGAAUAUCGAUGUUUACAUCCGCAAGUGCCUGCGUGAGCAGGGCUUCAUCAUGGAAGAAGACUCCAACCGUCAGUGGAACGAGCUCUAUGACAAGGGUCGCUACUUGCUCCGGGAGCGCUACCGGACCCACACCGACCGCAUCGUGGACGAGACCAAGUUCCUUGCGGAGCAGUUUGACAAGGACCCACUGAACAAGGCUCUUGCCGAGUCGGUGCAGAAGCUGUUCCAAGACCUGGGCCGUGAUGCGGGUGGCAAGGUUGUUUUCAAGAAGCACCUGCUUAAAGACAUCCGGGACAUCAUUAUCCCCGGUAUUGUCGAAAAUGUUCGCUACAUUCCCAUCCCUCGUAUUGAGGUGUCUGAUCCCAUGGUCGACGUUGUGGUCGAGAACCUCACUAUUGAGAGUGACAACCUGAUGCCCAAUGUUGUCGAGUUCGGUAGCGAUAACUACUUCCGCUGGGGUCGCAAGAAGGUUACCAACAAGCGGGACAACAAAAUCAUGAUUGCUAUGUCCGGCAUUCAGGCCGAUCUUCGUGAUGUGAGCUACUACAUCAAGAAGAAGCAAGGCUUCCCCUCAAUCACCGACACGGGUGUAAUGGACAUCUUCCUUGGUGGUGAUGGCUUCAGCUUCAAGGUUGCUGCUUCUACUGUCAAAAAUGGUGACAAGCAGCACUUCGUCAAGCUUGACAAGGUGUCUGUGAACAUUAAGAACAUGGAUAUUAAGUUGAAGAAGUCGAAGCAUAAGGUUCUCUUUGCUACUUUCAAGCCCAUGCUUUUCCGUGUGGUCCGUCCGGCCCUGGAGAAGGUCGUCGAGGCGCAGAUCCGCGAGGCCUUCAAGAACGCUGAUGCAUUUGCGAACGAGAUCCAUACUGAGGCCGUCCGUGCCCAGGAGGCCGCUCGUGAAGACCCAGAGAACGCUCCCAGCAUCUUCUCCCGAUACGCCGAUGCCGUUCGUGCCCGCACCCAGGCCAAAGCUAAGGCUGCCGAGAAUGCUGUCAAGCGAGACACCAAGGUCCAGACUGUCAUGACCCUGCACGACUCUAUCUUCCCGGAUGUCAAGCUGCCUGGUGGCAUUUCCAACAAGGCCACCGAGUACGCUGACCUGGCCACCAAGGGCCAGAAGUGGGAGUCGCCCAUCUUCAGCAUCGGCGACGCUGCCGAAUCCACUAACAUCCCCGCCUCCGGUACUAUCACCCGCAAGGCACACACUACCGCCGAGGACGGAGCUGCUGGUACCACGGCCGGCGCUGGUGCGGCCGGUGUUGCCGCUGCUGCUGCAACCAAUGGCACAACCAAGGCAGAUGGCUACCCGUCUCGCGGCUUUUCGGAUGAAGUCGACCAGGCCUUCGUCAAUGACAAGACCAAUGACCUGAGCAAUGGUGUCAAGGCCGGCACAAAUGGCACUACACACGUCACCAAUGGCUCAACCUCCGUUGUCUAG